UUAAAACAUGAAGUACGGUGGGUGGUAAUUAUCAAAUUUUUUUUAACAAAAAAAAACGGAGUAAAUUAAAAGCGGAGUAAAGCAAAGCAAAUCCGUGCUUGGAGAGUAUUAACGAACACGACCACGAACACGAAGAGAGACGCAUGAGAACAACAAUGGCGGACAGCAGGAGGUUUCAAUUCAAACUAUCAACAUGUCUUCUCCUCCUCCUCCCCCUUCUCCUUCUCACCAUUCAUACACGAUGCAGAGCUGAUGUUAUUACCCUAACUGAAGAUAUUUUCUCCGACAAGAUAAAGGAGAAGGAUACUGCUUGGUUCGUGAAAUUCUGUGUUCCAUGGUGUAAGCACUGUAAGAAUUUGGGAUCAUUGUGGGAAGACUUGGGGAAGGCCAUGGAAGGGGAAGAUGAGAUUGAAGUUGGACAAGUUGACUGCAGUACUAGUAAACCCGUUUGUUCCGAAGUUGAUAUUCAUUCAUAUCCAACAUUCAAGCUCUUCUACAAUGGUGAAGAAGUUGCAAAAUAUCAGGGGAAACGAGAUGUAGAAUCACUCAAAGCAUUUGUUUUGGAAGAAACAGAGAAAGCAGCAGCAAAAGCAGAAGAUGACAUUGACAGAGAAUUAUAACAUAUAUAGGAUUUCACAGAAGCUCGCAUAGCAUGUUAGCAUCAGAAUCAAUGUGCAAAAUGUGGUAAGCAAAGAAUUUGGAAACCGGUCAUAUGAUUGAUCCCAGGGCUGUAUGGCUGCUGCCCCCGUAGUGAUCAUGAGUAAUUUUUUGAUAUUGAAUUUACAUUGGCGUUCAUCAGCCCAUGUACUCUAUUAACUUUGAGAUUUCUGCUAGCGAUGCAGUCUUUAUUUCACCAUAACACAGUGGAUGGGUCGAUAUGAAAAGAAGAUGCAUGUAACAUUAGAUAAACGAACCUUGUACUGACUAUUGCAGCGUCUGGUGUGCUGGAAACUUACUAUUUAUGAGCUGAAUUUUCUUUUUCCAUUGUUAUCACUGUUAUGGAUGCAAAUUUUUCAAUGUAAUUGAUGAAAGUUUUCUAUAGGCAUUGUUCUCUGUAAGCAAGUCGCCUGAAAGGUAACUGCAAUAUUAUACUUCGUAUUAGUUAUAUAGAUGUAUCAUUGAAACACUAGUACAAUUGUUACCCGUAAAUUAAAUCAUGAAGUCCCCACUGCUUUUUCGGAGAAA